CCCGAUGGCGACCCCCGUGCUGGGCGCCCUCCUGCUGGUCUUACUGGUCCUACUGGGCGGCCUGUGCCUGGGAAGGUGGCUGCUGUACAUACUGGUCACCAACUGGUGCCGCCGCCGGCUCCAGGCGGAGCUGAAGAUCCGCACGUUGGGGUUUUUCUGGGUCCAGAACCUCAGCCUGAAGUUCCAGGAGGAGCAGCAGACGGUGGAAAUCGACAGCAUCUGGAUCUCCAGCAAGCUGCUGAACCAUGAUGUGCCGCGUUACCUGGCGCUGUGCUUCGGAGAGGUCCGCGUCCGCGUGGACCUGCAAAAGGCAGCCGAGCUGCAGACGCUGACCCCGGAGGUUCCAGCAGAGGGCGACAGCGAGCCGGGCCAGGCGCUCUCCCUGGGGCCCUCGCUGCUGCGGCUGCUGAGCCAGCUGUGCUCCGUCCACGUGGAGUCAGUCAACGUCAUGGUGCUGCACGUGGCCGCCUCGGAGUCCCUGUGGCACGUCCAGGUCUCGCGGAGCCGUAUCUUGCUGGACUGCAAUGGCAGAAGCACGACCUGCGAGGUCACCUUUGGCCAGGUGAACAGCAAAGUGCUCAAGAGCAGCCAACAGGAUGAUGCCUGCCUGGCCGAGCUCUCCCUGGUGCUCAGCGUCUCCCUGGACAUCGGCGUGAGCCAGCGGCAGCUGCUGGGGCUGGCCCUCCGGGUGUGGAGCUUCCACGCCGAACUCCACGAGGGCCUCUUCCACAGCGCCCUUCUGCAGCGCGUCGGAGGCACUGGAGAUACGGCAGAUCCCGCUCGGGCUCCAGAGUUGCGCCCACCCAGGCUGAGCCUGGCCAGCCUGAAAUACGUGCCCUGCAGCGUCAAGGUGGAGUCGGAGAACACCAGUGUGGUCCUGUCGAUGAACAGCCAAAAGAGGCACCUCACCUGGACGCUGAAGCUGCUGCAGGUGGCCUACCAGUGUGACGAGGGGCAGAUCCCCCUCCGCAGCUUCACCCCCACCUGCGACCUGCCCCAGAUGAGCAUCGAACUGGUGCUGGAAGACGGGCUGCUGCUGUCUCAAAGCCGCCAGCGGAUCGUGUGCCUCAACUUGUUGAAGGCCAGCUUGCAGGUCAUGGCCAUCGACAUCUCCAUGGCCGUCAUGCUCAACACCUGCAUCGUCCACUACCGCCACCAGGAGUUCGCGCACUGGCUGAGCAUGCUGGCUGCGGCGCAGGAAGCCGCGGGGCUGCCGGCCCCCGCCCGGAGCAGGGGCAGGAGGAUGCCCCAGAUUCUGGCCACCAUCAUCCUCAGUGCCUCGGUGUCCAACGUCAGCGUCUCUGUCCAGCUGGGAGACACUCCACCAUUUGCCUUGGGCGUGAACUCCGUCUCUCUGGACUACCAACAUCUCCGUCCUCAGAGCGUGCACCAGCGAGCGGUCUUGUCCAUCGACCACCUCUGCUGGCGCGUGGGGGCCGACUCCCACAUCCAGCGGGCCCCCCACCCACCCAACAUGCACGUCUGGGGAGAGGCCUUCAUCCUGGACACCUUCAAUCUGCAAGGCAGCUACAACCAGCCGCUGGGCACCUCCAGCACCCACGCGGACACCCUCUUCUUGGACUGCACCCUCCGGGGCCUGCAGGUGGAGUCUUCGGACACCUGCUCCGAGUGCCUUUCCAGGGUCUUCUCACUGUGGCGCCCGGGGAACGCGGAGGCUCCGGGAUGCCCGGAGGAGCCGCCCCUGUCCCUGGGAGAUGACCUUGGCGUCCUCUGGAAGGUUGACCUGAAGGUGGAGGACGUGAACCUCUUCACCUUGUCUGCUCUGGCAGGGGCCACGGAGGUGCGGGUGGACACCCUGACCAUGCUGGGCAGCGCCGAGAGCUGCACCGUCAGCGUCCAGGGGGUGGCGCUGGCCCUGGUCAAGACCAUCGCGGAGAAGAUGCAGCCGUGCUGCAAAGCGCCCGCCAUCCCCAGCCCCGUGGCCGAACUCUCCGCCCUCUCGCUCACCUACCGCAGCAGCAUCCGCUCCUUGGAGGUGCAAGGCGGAGAGAGCCUCAGCGUCCUCUGGAGCCCGGCCAGCCACAUGCACCUCUUCCAGCACCUGCUGGCCACCCUGCGCUGCUCCCAGGCCUUGCGGGGCGCGCUGUGGCCGCAGCAGCAGGCCCCGUCCCCCGAGGGCCAGCCCCCCGCCGAGGGCGGCCCCCCGAAGCGGCUGCUGAGCCUGGUGCUGGAGCUGGGCUCCCUCAAGGCCACGGCCUUCGUCUCGGGGGAGCGCUACCUGAGCCUGGCGGCCGAGCGGGUGGUGGUCAGCCGGCACAGCGCCUCCCUGCACGCCUACUGCCCGGGGCUGGCGGCCGGCUUCGACGGCCACAGCGUCUUCGUCUUCAAGGAGGUGGAGCUGCAGGCCCUGCCCGAGCUGGAGGAGAUGAUGCUCCACCGGGGGCCCUUCCCCGCCCUCGGCACCCUGCGCAACCGCGUCUGGGCCCUGUCUUGCGCCAGCGCCGAGGUGGAGUUCCCCUACCAGUACGACUUCUCGGCCACCCUGGACGAGGCGCUGGGCGUCCAGAAGUGGCUGCGGGGCCUGCACGGCGGCGGGGGUGGCCCCCGCCCCGCCCCGCCCCUGCCGCCGGACCUGCUCCUCAAGGUGCAGCGCUUCUCCUGGGUCUUCCUGGACGACGUCCUCGAGGUGAAGCUGCGCGACAACUACGAGCUGAUGAAGGACGAGAGCAAGGAGAGCAGCAAGCGGCUGCACCUGCUGGACACCAAGGUGGCCGCCCUGCGCAAGCAGCACGGGGAGCUGCUGCCGGCCCGCAAGAUCGAGGAGCUCUACGCCUCCCUGGAGAAGAAGAACAUCGAGAUCUACAUCCAGCGCUCGCACCGCCUCUACGCCAACACGCCCAUGCGCAAGGCCCUCCUGACCUGGACCAUGUCCCAGCUGGAGCUGGUGGCCCUGGCCAACGAGUCCUUCCACGGGGCCGAGCGGGUCCUCCAGCAGAUCCGGGAGCUGGACGCCGCCAGCCCCUUCCCUGCCGAGGGCCUGGACCUCGUCGCCCACUGGUGCCGCAUGGUCAAGGGGAGCGUCAAGACCUUCUUCGUGCGGAUCCGGGAUUACCCCCGGUACUUGUUUGAGAUCCGGGACUGGAGGCUGUCGGGCCGCCUGGCCGGAGCCGAGCACCGGGGUCAGCCUUGCUCCCGCCGGCGGCAGGUGCUGAAACUCGGGGCGCCCUGGGGAGACGUGUCCGUGGAGAGGAACAUGCCGCCUUUGAAGUUCUACCACGACUUCCACUCGGAGGUCUACCAGUACACCAUCGUGUGGGGACCGUGCUGGGACCCGGCCUGGACACUCAUCGGCCAGGCCAUCGACCUCCUGACCAAGCCCUCGGAGGACCCCAGCGCCCCGCUGCCCUGGUGGGACAAGAGCCGCCUGCUCCUGCAUGGCGACUGGCACAUGGACAUCGAGCAGGCCAAUCUCCACCAAGUGGCCACUGAGGACCCGUACAACACCACGGAGAACAUGCACUGGGAAUGGAGCCACCUCUCCUUCCACUGGCGGCCCGGGCAGUUCGUCUUCAAGGGAGACCUGGACGUCAACGUCCGCACUGCAUCCAAAUAUGAUGACUGCUGCUUCCUCCACCUUCCCCAGCUGUGCAUGACGCUGGAUUUGACGUGGCUGUGCCACGGGAACCCCCACGACCACCACGGUGUGGUGCUGCGCUCGCCGGAGUUCCUGCCUGAGGUGCCGGUGGGUCAGCAGUACGACUCCUUCCGGGCCUUCCGCUCCGAAAACCUCAACCUCUCCAUCCGCAUGGACUUGACGCGGCCGAGCGGGGAGCCCGCCCAGCCCCGCGUCCUGCUCUACAGCAGCACCCUGCGCUGGAUGCAGAACUUCUGGGCCACCUGGACCAGUGUCACCCGCCCCAUUUGCCGCGGGAAGCUUUUCGGGAACAUGAAGCCCGUCAAAAAGAAGCUGGGGCAGCAUUACCGGCAGCUGGCCUUUACCGCCCUCUUCCCCAAGCUCCAGGUGCAUUACUGGGCCUCCUUCGCCCAGCAGCGUGGCAUCCAGCUGGAGUGCGGCCAAGGACACAUCUUCACCUGCGGCACCCAGCGGCUCAUCCCCCAGGCCGGCACCGUGAUGCGCCGACUCAUCUCGGAAUGGAGCAUCACCCAGAUGGUGAGCGACCUCAGCCUGGUCACCGUCCACCUCAUGGCCUCCCCCUGCGACGAGAACGCCGACCACCGCCUCGACCCCUUGGUGAAGAAGACCCACCUGCUCAGCCUCUCCUCCCUCGCCUACCAGCGCCACAGCGUCCGCACGGCUGAGGAGGAGCUGCCUGUGCGCGACAGCGACGACGUCUUCCACACCCACCAGCUGCACCUGGUGGACUUGCGGGCCUCCUGGACCACCACCAACCGGGACAUCGCCUUCGGCCUCUAUGACGGCUACAAGAAAGCCGCGGUGCUCAAGCGCAACCUGUCCACCGAGGCCCUGAAAGGGCUCAAGAUCGACCCCCAGCUGCCAGCCAAGAAGCUCAAGCGGGGGCCUCUCCCCAGCCACCAGCCUCCGCUGCGGGUCACUCUGCCGGCCAGCAGCAGCCGGACGGAGCGAAGCCCCUCUGGAGGGGCCUACAUGCUUCAGAAGCUCAUCGAGGAGACGGAUAAGUUUGUGGUUUUCACGGAGGAGGAGUCCGGGGUGAGCGAACAGUUAUGCGGCAUUGCGGCCUGCCAGACGGACGACAUCUUCAACCGUAACUGCCUGAUCGAGUUGGUCAACUGCCAGAUGGUUCUCCGCGGGGCCGAGACAGAGGGCUGUGUGAUCGUCUCGGCAGCCAAAGCUCAGCUGCUCCAGUGCCAGCACCACCCGGCCUGGUACGGGGACACCCUCAAGCAGAAGACCUCCUGGACCUGCCUGCUCGACGGGAUGCAGUACUUCGCCACCACCGAGAGCAGCCCGUUGGAGCACGAGGACCUGGAGCUCUGGUUGGAGGUCAAGAACAUUGAGGAGCAUCGGCAGCGAAGUCUGGACUCCGUGCAGGAGCUGAUGGAGAGUGGGCAGGCCGUGGGCGGCAUGGUCAGCACCACCACAGACUGGAACCAGCCACACGAGGUCCAGCCGACACAGCAGGUCCAGCGGAUCAUCUCGCGCUGCAGCUGCCGCAUGUACUACAUCAGCUACAGCCACGACAUCGACCCGGAGCUGGCCACCCAAAUCAAGCCACCGGAGCUGCCUGCCAACCCAGACAAGGAUGACCUGCUCAAGAAACAGGAAGGGGCUGUGGACACCUUCACUCUCAUCCACCACGACCUGGAGAUCUCCACCAACCCAGCUCAGUACGCCAUGAUCCUUGACAUUGUGAACAACCUCCUCCUGCACGUGGAGCCCAAGCGCAAGGAGCACAGUGAGAAGAAGCAGCGCGUGCGCUUCCAGCUGGAGAUCUCCAGCAACCCCGAGGAGCAACGGAGCAGCAUUCUGCACCUCCAGGAGGCCGUCCGCCAGCACGUGGCCCAGAUCCGGCACCUGGAGAAGCAGAUGUACUCGGUCAUGAAGUCCCUGCAGGAUGACAGCCGGAACGAGGCCCUGCUGGACCACAACCAGAAGCUGCAGCAGCAGCUGAGCCGGGAGAAGACGGAACUGCAGCAAGAGAGCGAGGAGCUGAACAUCCUGAUCCGGUGCUUCAAAGACUUCCAGCUGCAGAGGGCCAACAAGAUGGAGCUGCGCAAGCAGCUGGAGGACGUGGGGGUGGCCCGCCGCACUGAGUUCUACUUCGCCCAGGCCCGGUGGCGGCUGACCGAAGAGGACGGGCAGCUGGGCAUCGCGGAGCUGGAGCUGCAGCGCUUCCUCUACAGCAAGGUGAACAAGUCGGACGACACGGCUGAGCACCUCCUGGAACUGGGCUGGGUGACCAUGAACAACCUCCUGCCCAACGCCGUUUAUAAGGUGGUCCUCCGCCCCCAAAGCCCCUGCCAGUCCGGGCGUCAGCUGGCCUUGAGGAUAUUCAGCAAAGUCCGGCCACCGGUGGGCGGCAUUUCCAUCAAAGAGCACUUCGAGGUGAACGUGGUGCCCCUCACCAUCCAGCUGACGCACCAGUUCUUCCACCGUAUGAUGGGCUUCUUUUUCCCCGGGCGCAACGUGGAGGAGGAGGAGGUGGGAGACGAGGAGGACAAAUCUAAGCUGGUGACAACAGGCAUGCCGGUGGUGAAGCCCCGACAGCUGAUGGUCUCCGACGACCCCCUGGGACAGGGCAAAGGCAUGGCCCAGGGGCUGAACCGGACGUCGGGGGUCAGGCGCUCGUUCCGCAAAACGCCUGAGUACCCGGUGGACGACAUCGACAAGAUGAAGGAGCGGGCGGCCAUGAACAACUCCUUCAUCUACAUCAAGAUCCCUCAAGUGCCUCUCUGUGUCAGCUACAAGGGGGAGAAGAACAGCGUGGACUGGGGGGAGCUCAACCUGGUGCUGCCGUGCCUGGAGUAUCACAACAACACCUGGACGUGGCUGGACUUUGCCAUGGCGGUGAAGCGGGACAGCCGCAAGGCCUUGGUGGCCCAGGUCAUCAAAGAGAAACUGCGUCUCAAGCCGGCCGCAGGCAGCGAGUCCCGUGGCAAGCCAGACAGCAAGCCCGAGGGCCACGUCCAGCAGCAGGAGGAGGAUGAGAAGGCCCGGCUGCUGAUCGGCCUGAGCGUCGGCGAAAAGAACCCCGGCAAGAAGUCCAUUUUCGGCAGACGCAAAUGAGACGGCCGCGACCCUCCCCCUCCCGCUGGCCGGGGAAGGGGCGGGCAGGCACAUGCCUCUUCCUCCGGCGCGCGGGCACCACGAGGGACCAAAGGCGUUCAGCAGGACUUGGGGGUGACGGCGCUCGGUCCGGCCACGAUCCAAGGCUGCGAUGAACCCACAGGCUCUCCAGGGGCUCCUGUGGCCGAGCGCGCCGUCUGUGGCUGUUGGAGGCCGACGCCGCAGGCAGCGGGGCAAUAACUGGACCUGCCUGUGUGGCGGCUGGCGUGGCGGCUGGGGCCUCCUUGUGGCUCGUGCCGCCCUGUGCAUCGUUAGUUGGGUACCAGGGAAGGGAAAGAGUUUAAAUAAGAGAGUUUAUCAUUUGGAA